GUGCUUGCUAUAUAAGGGAUUAGCCCUUCCCUGCAAUAUCACAAACUAGCACAAGACAAGAUCUUGUGUUAGGGGUUUAGGUCUAGUACUACCUGAAAUUGUCUGAGUUCAAGCGGGCUGCUACAUCUGCUCUCCCGAGCAUGAGAAGUCCAUGGAUGGCAUGGCAGUCGCCAUGCCUGGUUUUCGUGGUGGCAUUAUGCUUGAUUGCCACCAGCGCCAAGGCUGAUGAUAAUAAGGAUAAGCCAUAUGUUUAUGCUUCUCCUCCCCCACCUUACUACUACAAUUCACCUCCGCCACCUUCACCUUCGCCUCCACCACCUUAUUAUUACAAAUCUCCGCCCCCACCAUCACCGUCACCUCCUCCUCCAUACUACUACAAGUCCCCACCACCUCCGUCACCAUCUCCACCUCCACCAUACUACUACAAAUCGCCACCUCCGCCAUCUCCAUCACCACCUCCGCCCUAUUACUACAAAUCACCACCACCUCCAUCUCCAUCGCCACCACCUCCUUACUACUAUAAAUCUCCACCCCCACCAUCUCCUUCCCCACCUCCUCCAUAUUACUACAAGUCUCCUCCACCCCCAUCGCCAUCACCUCCCCCUCCUUACUACUACAAAUCCCCACCUCCUCCAUCGCCAUCGCCACCUCCUCCAUAUUACUACAAAUCGCCACCUCCACCAUCUCCAUCGCCACCUCCUCCAUACUACUACAAAUCUCCACCUCCUCCAUCCCCGUCCCCUCCUCCCCCAUACUACUACAAAUCUCCACCUCCGCCCUCACCAUCGCCCCCCCCUCCUUACUACUACAAGUCUCCUCCACCUCCAUCCCCAUCACCUCCCCCACCCUACUACUAUAAAUCACCACCCCCACCUUCGCCAUCACCUCCACCUCCCUACUAUUAUAAAUCACCACCUCCACCAUCGCCAUCACCACCGCCUCCAUACUACUACAAAUCACCACCUCCACCAUCCCCAUCGCCACCUCCUCCUUACUACUACAAAUCACCACCUCCACCAUCCCCAUCCCCACCACCUACCUACUACUACAAAUCCCCACCACCUCCAUCGCCAUCCCCACCUCCUCCCUACUACUACAAGUCACCUCCUCCACCAUCACCAUCCCCACCUCCUCCCUACUACUACAAGUCACCUCCUCCACCAUCACCAUCCCCUCCUCCUCCCUACUACUAUAAAUCACCACCCCCACCAUCACCAUCACCACCUCCUCCAUACUACUACAAGUCACCACCUCCACCUUCUCCAUCCCCACCUCCUCCAUACUACUAUAAAUCCCCACCUCCACCAUCUCCAUCCCCACCUCCUCCAUACCACUACAAGUCACCACCUCCACCAUCUCCAUCCCCACCUCCUCCAUACUACUACAAGUCACCACCUCCACCAUCUCCAUCCCCACCUCCUCCAUACUACUACAAAUCCCCUCCACCACCAUCUCCAUCCCCACCUCCUCCAUACUACUACAAGUCACCACCUCCACCUUCUCCAUCCCCACCUCCUCCAUACUACUACAAGUCCCCUCCACCACCAUCUCCAUCCCCACCUCCUCCAUACUACUACAAGUCACCACCUCCACCAUCUCCAUCCCCACCUCCUCCAUACUACUACAAAUCCCCUCCACCACCAUCUCCAUCCCCACCUCCUCCAUACUACUACAAGUCACCACCUCCACCUUCUCCAUCCCCACCUCCUCCAUACUACUACAAGUCCCCUCCACCACCAUCUCCAUCCCCACCUCCUCCAUACUACUACAAAUCCCCUCCACCACCAUCUCCAUCUCCACCUCCUCCAUACUACUACAUGUCUCCCCCACCUCCCAAAGGCUAUUAAUAGCCCCAUUUCUCUAGCUAUGUAGAAAGGUCGAGAGAAUAAACGGAAAUUUCAAAGGAGAGCUUUUGAGACUGUCUUCCGAUCAAGCCAUCAGCUAUUUUAUUCGAUAUGUUGGAGUUCAUUUGAAAAAAAUAAAGGAAUUUAAGCACGCCACGCUUUACAAUUUCAUUCGUUUGCAACGUACAUGUACUAUAGCGAAAUGUUGUUAUGUUGUGUUGGG